AGUGCUGUCAUCGUGGUACACAUGGCAAACAUGUAUGGGCAGUUGAUCUGGUGGUCCACCAUGUUCAUUAGCCAUAAGUUGAAAAUCAGUGAAUGGACAACUCCAGUCCAUCUGGUUGUUUGGGCCGAUUGUUCUGAGUUCGCCCAUUGAAUGUGGAUUCUUGCUCAGUUUUGAGUUACCAUAGCCUGACUUCCUAGUCUUUUGGGCUUAAUGCCCCAUCCAGAGCGGCCCACCAAAUCAACGGUCCAGAUCAUCAAAUUUUUAGUGUCGUGAUUCCUGCACUCUAUAUUGAUAUUUUACUUUAAUAGUCGAAUAAUGCAAAAUUAGGUCGAUUUAACUAGUGGUGAUUUUUGGUUGGUUUGAUGAAAUCUCUGAUGGGUGAUCUUAAAAACAAGGACACUGAUCCAAGAGAGAGAAACCUGUGAGGGCCUUGUCUCUUUUCUCACGUGAAUGCUCUUAACAAUCACCUCUCCUCAUUCACUCUCUUCACGUUCAAUGAAGUGUACAACCAUUCCUUUUUAUCCCCAUUCAACUGCCCCGUCCUUCUCAAUCUCCUUCCUAUAAUCCCCCUCCCACCCAUGAAAGAUCUCUCUCUCCUUCUCCUCAAGAACUCCCUUGCAGCCAAGAUGAAGAAAGGCCUCGGAAGCUUUUGCAAUGGCGUCAGCUCCACCUCAACACUCAACCAACACAGGACCGACCAUGACAUCUCGUAUGCGGUCACCCCAUCUCUCCUCAGCUCCUACUUCGAUGACGGUAAUUUCACGCAGAGCCCGCCUUCCCUGGAGGACAUGAUCAUGCAGCUGGAAUUAGAGGAGGAGGCUGCGAGGAAGGCCAAUCUCAAUGAGUAUGGUGGUCUCCGACAUAGGAUGUCGUGUGUGAACAACUCCGACAUCCUACGGUCUGCGAGGAACGCGUUGAAUCAGUACCCAAGGUUUUCUCUAGACGGGAGAGAUGCAAUGUACCGCUCAUCCUUCAGGAACUUUGGUCUGCAAGCGGGCCGUUACGAAGGUGGCCGGAGAUCCGUGUGUUGUGGGGAUAGAGUCGCAGGGCGAUUUCGCAUGGAUGGUUAUGAUCUGGACUUGGAGAGAAAUCAUGGGCUACCACCAACUUUAGCUGGGGAGACUGUGGUGUGGUGCAAGCCAGGAGUUGUGGCCCAACUGAUGGGCUUGGAGGCCAUGCCACUGCCCAUCAGUGGUAGACAUGGUAAAGGGAGAUUGAAGUCUAAGAUUCGGAAAGAAAAUCUCAAAAGGAUUGAAAGGCAUGAAUGUGAAAAAAGAAGGCUCUACAUGGGCAUGCAUGCAUGUGGGGUAGGAACUGGGAGAGAAACUGUGGGGUCAUGUUCGAAGCCGAAUUACCGUGUGAUGCCGCCGAUCACCGUCGAACCAACGAAGGGUGGGAUGGGUUGGCGGAUUCGCUAGGUGUUUAAAUUUGAAUUCUGAAAUGGGCAGGAAGAGUUGUGUUUCUAAUUUCCUUUUUAGUCUAUAAUAUGAAAAAUGAAGAAAGUCUUAUGAAUAAACUACCUUAGAUGAGAUUUUCAUUGCCAA